UCAUUUUAUACCAAACGAUUAUGAUAAUGUUUAUGUGAAAAUAUUUUUUAACAUACUUACACUUUUCGCAAACCAUGACGUUAAUUUAUUCCUUUUCUGAAACCAAACAGGGAGAAAACACUAGCAGAGGAUUUAACUGAAGACAAAACCAAUCGAUUGACGGUCACUUCCUGGGUUGAAGGCCGGAUGUUUAUAGUGUAGUUUGUUACUUUUCUGUGAUUGGUUUGACUUUUGAGAAAAAGCUUCUCGUUGGUUCAUAUGGAUUUCAGUCUGUCCAUGGCGCCACCCACACCGGUUUCGGACGGCAAACUGACCUUGCGCAAACAUCUGUCCGUCAGAGGGAUCUAAUGAAGACAACUUGCAGUCUUUUUGAAAGUGUCUACAUUUACCUUUGCUGGGUAAUGUAUGACUGAUAAUGAAUUAUUUUGGCUAAGUUACAUAUUUAUUUCACGAAACGCGGCCACGCUUCCUCUCACAGCAUCACGCGUGCAAAUAUUUACCGUGAACUUCUCGGAAUUAAGUUAGCUUGCUAGCUGGCUAACGAUCUCUAGCUUUAGACAAACCAUUUAACAACUGGAUUUGAUAGCGCAGAAAAGACUCAGCAUGUGGGACACAGAGAUCCGGGGCAUGGCCUCAGCUCAUGCCAUUAUCGCCUCUUCCAUCUUCAUGGCCACCAUUUUGCCUGCCAUCCUUCUGGAGAAGUUCUCUGUGUACGGCAUGCAUUUGGUCUGGCUCUACUCAGUUGCUGGAUCUGUUGCUGUUGUCAACAUUGCUGUCUUCUGGCUCCUUGGCAUCAGUCCACCAACAAAAAGGCACACAUUAAGUUACAAGAUAUCCAGACUUGUGCGUUCCUGCCUCUACUUCCUGCUUUCCUGCUUGUUCUUUCACUCAGUGGUUGUCCUCUAUGGAGCCCCUCUCUUGGAAAGUGCUCUGGAAACGUUCUCUCUGGCUGUCCUGUUGUCAAGUAUGACCACCCUACGGUGUCUCUGUAUGCUGGGGCCCAAUGUCCAAGCUUGGAUCCGUGUGUUUAGUAGGGACGGGGCCAUGUCAGUGUGGGACACGUCUCUGCAGAUCACCACAGGGUGCAGUGUGCUUGGAGCCUGGCUCGGGGCAUUCCCUAUCCCUCUGGACUGGGACCGGCCAUGGCAGGUGUGGCCCAUCUCCUGCACCCUGGGCACCACGGUGGGCUUCCUCACGGGCCUGCUGUUCGCACCCGUCUGGAUCCACUGGCACCGCAAGCAGCUCAUCUACAAGAGCAAGUAACGUCUGGAGGCACGGCGACAUGUGCAUACGCGUGCACUCACACACGCGCGCACACACGAAAAGACAGAAGCUGAUGUGGACAAACGGGGGUAGGGCCCAUGUGAUCCUCCGAUAUUAAGACGUGUCAGUCAGGACCAUGGGACAUGUGAAGGACACGCCCCCUCAGUCCUCUGAUCCUCCAGCAUUCCCCUCCAGUAGUCACUGAGGUCUUGUACACAGAAAAUAUUUAAAAAAAUGUCUUGUCUUAAUUUAAAACGUUUGUUCUUUUUGUACUAUUUUCUUUUCAUUUGGUGGCAGUAUGUAUUCUUUUCUUUGUGUGUUUUGUUUGUCCCUCAUAAGGUAUUUGGUACUGAGUAAUACAGACUUCACUGAGACAUUUUAUACAGUGGGUGGGUAAGAGAGAGAGAAAGAGAGACAGAGAGCAAGAGAUUGAGAAAAAGAUAGCAAGGGAAUUUUGCAAUCCAGCGAAGAGAGAUGCACUAUUUCCUUUUUUUUCUGGUAGCAAAUAAAGAAUCACUUCUGUAAA